CCUUUGGCGAGUUUAUCGCAUCCCGACAACAUAAGCCAUGGCCGUUGUCGGCGACCGGGUCCAGUUGAGGAAUUUUCGCUUCAAGGCAGAAGGAUGGGUCCGCUUCCUGGGCACGGUGGGUGACGAUGGAACCCUUGCCGGAGUGGAGCUGGACCUAGCGGUCGGCAAGAAUGAUGGCUCAAAGAACGGCAUCAAAUACUUCACGUGCCAGGAAGGUCAUGGUAUUUUCGUCCGCCCAGACUGGCUGGUGAAGAUCAAGGAUGAGCCUGGCAAGCCCGAACGUCAGGAGACCAGGGAGCUCGAACAGCCAGAGACGAAGCCGGAGCCAGAAAUCAAAGAGGUCCAACUGCAGCAGCUGGCAGGGCUUUGCGGCAGUAUGCAGGAGACUCUGAGCCAGGUUCAAAGGCGUCUUGAAACCGUCGAAGGGGGCCACAAGGACGAGUUGCAUAAAGUCGACGCAAUGACGGUGGACCUUGAAUCAAUCAAAGUAAAUGUUGCCGGAUGGCAGAACGAGCUGCAAAAGCUGCAGCAGAGCAUGUCGCACUUUGAAAAGAAAUCAAACGAAAGCGCUGCAGUUCAACAACGCGUUGAAAAUGGCUCAGAGGGCGGGAUGGCAACAGCAAGGGACGACCUGCAGAGAAUGCAGCAGCGAGUGCUGGAUUUGGAGGCUGUCAAAGUGGUUGCUUCCGGCUCGCAGAUGGACAUCCAGAAGCUUCAGCAGAGCAUAUCAGAGCUGGAGAAGGCACAUGCCACCACCAAAGAUGCAGCGGCGCGCUUUGAGGAUGUCGAGCGGCAGCUGCGGCAAAGCCCAGGAGCCGUGGACGGCUUUCAAACUAGCAUGGCAGCUGCAAGGGAAGACCUACAGAGAAUGCAGCAGCGAGUGCUGGAUUUGGAGGCUGUCAAGGUGGCCGCUUCCGGCUCGCAGAUGGACAUCCAGAAGCUUCAGCAGAGCAUGUCAGAGCUGGAGAAGGCACAUGCCACCACCAAACAUGCAGCAGCGCGCCUUGAGGAUGUCGAGCGGCAGCUGCGGCAAAGCACAGCAGCCGUGGACAGCUUUAAAAGUAGCACGGAGAGCGGAAUGGCCGCAGCAAGGGACGACCUGCAGAGAAUGCAGCAGCGAGUGCUGGAUUUGGAGGCUGUCAAGGUGGCCGCUUCCGGCUCGCAGAUGGAUAUCCAAAAGCUACAGCAAAGCAUGUCAGAGCUGGAGAAGGCACAUGCCACCACCAAAGAUGCAGCAGCGCGCCUUGAGGAUGUCGAGCGGCAGCUGCGGCAAAGCACAGCAGCCGUGGACAGCUUUAAAAGUAGCACGGAGAGCGGAAUGGCCGCAGCAAGGGACGACCUGCAGAGAAUGCAGCAGCGAGUGCUGGAUUUGGAGGCUGUCAAGGUGGCCGCUUCCGGCUCGCAGAUGGACAUCCAGAAGCUACAGCAGAGCAUGUCAGAGCUGGAGAAGGCACAUGCCACCACCAAAGAUGCAGCAGCGCGCCUUGAGGAUGUCGAGCGGCAUCUGCGGCAAAGCACAGCAGCCGUGGACAGCUUUAAAAGUAGCACGGAGAGCGGAAUGGCCGCAGCAAGGGACGACCUGCAGAGAAUGCAGCAGCGAGUGCUGGAUUUGGAGGCUGUCAAGGUGGCCGCUUCCGGCUCGCAGAUGGACAUCCAGAAGCUACAGCAGAGCAUGUCAGAGCUGGAGAAGGCACAUGCCACCAGCAAAGAUGCAGCAGCGCGCCUUGAAGAUGUCGAGCGGCAGCUGCGGCAAAGCACAGCAGCCGUGGAGAUCUUGAAAAGCGGCACGGAGAGCGGGAUGGCCGCAGCAAGGGACGACGUGCAAAGAAUGCAGCAGCGAGUGCUGGAUUUGGAGGCUGUCAGGGUGGCCUCUUCCGGCUCACAGAUGGACAUCCAGAAGUUGCAGCAAAGCAUGUCAGAGCUGGAAAAGGCACAUGCCACCACCAAAGAUGCAGCAGCGCGCCUUGAGGAUGUCGAGCGGCAGCUGCGGCAAAGCACAGCAGCCGUGGACGGGUUUCAAAGUAGCAUGGCAGCUGCAAGGGAAGACCUGCAAAGAAUGCAGCAGCGAGUGCUGGAUUUGGAGGCUGUCAGAGUGGCCGCUUCUGGCUCGCAGAUGGACAUCCAGAAGCUACAGCAGAGCAUGCCAGAGCUGGAGAAGGCACAUGCCAUCACCAAAGAUUCAGCGGCGCGCCUUGAGGAUGUCGAGCGGCAGCUGCGGCAAAGCACAGCAGCUGUGGACAUCUUCAAGAGUAGCAUGGAGAGCGGGAUGGCAGCGGCAAGGGACGACCUGCAGAGAAUGCAGCAGCGAGUGCUGGAUUUGGAGGCUGUCAAAGUGGUUUCUUCCGGCUCGCAGAUGGACAUCCAGAAGCUUCAGCAGAGCAUGUUAGAGCUGGAGAAGGCACAUGCCACCACCAAAGAUGCAGCAGCCCGCGUGACGAAUGUCGAGCAGCAGCUGCGGCAAAGCACAGCGGCCGUGGACAGCUUCAAAAGUAGCACGGACGGCAGGAUGGCAGCACAAGACGGACUGCUGAAAAUACCACAAGUCUUGCUGGAUUUGGAGGCUGUCAAGGUGGCCGCUUCUGGCUCGCAGAUGGACAUCCAGAAGCUACAGCAGAGCAUGCCAGCGCUGGAGAAGGCACAUGCCAUCACCAAAGAUGCAGCAGCGCGCCUUGAGGAUGUCGAGCGGCAGCUGCGGCAAAGCACAGCAGCCGUGGACAGCUUUAAAAGUAGCACGGAGAGCGGAAUGGCCACAGCAAGGGACGACCUGCAGAGAAUGCAGCAGCGAGUGCUGGAUUUGGAGGCUGUCAAGGUGGCCGCUUCCGGCUCGCAGAUGGACAUCCAGAAGCUACAGCAGAGCAUGUCAGAGCUGGAGAAGGCACAUGCCACCACCAAAGAUGCAGCAGCGCGCCUUGAGGAUGUCGAGCGGCAGCUGCGGCGAAGCACGGCAGCUGUGGACAUCUUCAAGAGUAGCAUGGAGAGCGGGAUGGCAGCAGCAAGGGACGACCUGCAGAGAAUGCAGCAGCGAGUGCUGGAUUUGGAGGCUGUCAAGGUGGCCGCUUCUGGCUCGCAGAUGGACAUCCAGAAGCUGCAGCAGAGCAUGCCAGAGCUGGAGAAGGCACAUGCCACCACCAAAGAUGCAGCAGCGCGCCUUGAGGAUGUCGAGCGGCAGCUGCGGCAAAGCACAGCAGCUGUGGACAUUUUCAAGAGUAGCAUGGAGAGCGGGAUGGCAGCGGCAAGGGACGACCUGCAGAGAAUGCAGCAGCGAGUGCUGGAUUUGGAGGCUGUCAAAGUGGUUUCUUCCGGCUCGCAGAUGGACAUCCAGAAGCUUCAGCAGAGCAUGUUAGAGCUGGAGAAGGCACAUGCCACCACCAAAGAUGCAGCAGCCCGCUUUGCGAAUGUCGAGCAGCAGCUGCGGCAAAGCACAGCAGCCGUGGACAGCUUCAAAAGUAGCACGGAGGGCGGAAUGGCAGCACAAGACGGACCGCUGAAAAUGCAACAAGUCUUGCUGGAUUUGGAGGCUGUCAAGGUGGCCGCUUCUGGCUCGCAGAUGGACAUCCAGAGGCUGCAGCAGAGCAUGCCAGAGCUGGAGAAGGCACAUGCCACCACCAAAGAUGCAGCAGCGCGCCUUGAGGAUGUCGAGCGGCAGCUGCGGCAAAGCACAGCAGCUGUGGACAUUUUCAAGAGUAGCAUGGAGAGCGGGAUGGCAGCAGCAAGGGACGACCUGCAGAGAAUGCAGCAGCGAGUGCUGGACUUGGAGGCUGUCAAAGUGGUUGCUUCCGGCUCGCAGAUGGACAUCCAGAAGCUUCAGCAGAGCAUGUUAGAGCUGGAGAAGGCACAUGCCAGCACCAAAGAUGCAGCAGCCCGCUUUGCGAAUGUCGAGCAGCAGCUGCGGCAAAGCACAGCAGCCGUGGACAGCUUCAAAAGUAGCACAGAGGGCGGGAUGGCAGCACAAGACGGACUGCUGAAAAUACAACAAGUCUUGCUGGAUUUGGAGGCUGUCAAGGUGGCCGCUUAUGGCUCGCAGAUGGACAUCCAGAAGCUGCAGCAGAGCAUGUCAGAGCUGGAGAAGGCACAUGACAUCACCAAAGAUGCAGCGGCGCGCCUUGAGGAUGUCGAGCGGCAGCGACGGCAAAGCACAGCAGCUCUUGAGAUCUGUGAAAGUGGCACGGAAAGCGCGCAUCCUGCUGACAGGCCCCAACUUGAGCUUUCGGAUCGCAUUUUUAGUUUAGAAAAGGGACUUGCAGCAGCGCAUGAUGUGGCAGCUCGGAUUGAGCGGCUGGAGCGGCGGCUUCAGACUAGUGACUUUCAUCUCACGGGCACACUACCUGCGGACCAAAUUGGAAGCGAAGACACGGUUGCCAGGAUGGAACAUGUUGAGCGUCAGCUUCAGCAGGGCAUGGCAGAAAUUGACCUCGCCAAAGCGGAGGCCUUUGCAGCAAGGGAGGAGCUUCACAAGUUGCUGAAUUCAUCCGGAAUUGCCCCGCGAAGUUCAUUCAAAGAGGACAUGGAUGGUGGCCAGGAUGACUCUGUUCACAGGCGAUUGUCACACUUGGAAGACACGCAAGGCUGGGACGGGUGAAAGCGCGGGUUGUGCACGCUCACGCUCAUGUUGCAUGCAUGCUUUAUUGCAUUUGUUCCCUGCGAUGCGAAGGAGGUCAAGCAUGUCAAGCAUUUGGCGGCUGAACUUUCUGACAUUGACUGUACAGGCCAGACGCAUAACACUGCUGUACGUGCCUCAGAUUAUGUGAAUGAGUUGCGGGAGCGAAUGGCAACGUGGGAGAAGAGUGGAGAAGGCGCCUGCGCUCAGUCCAUUCAGGACCUUGAUCACCGAGUUGCUCGCCUUGAAGAUGUGAAUGGCGCAACCAAUAACAUGGCAGUCCGGGUGAGGGAAGAUGUAGACAAGCUUCAGCAGAACCUGUCUUUCCUGCAGACGAACGCGGGCUUGAUGCAACCAACCUUUCAAGACAUGAAGCCAAUGCCGGACGCAAAAGACGUGAAGCGGGAAGUGCAGAAGCUGCAGCUGCGAGUGAAUGAUACACAGCGCAGCCUGAGCGACAACAAAGCGGCAACGCUGGCCAUCCAGAAGCGCAUGGCGGCCAUGGAAAUCAGCAGUGCCACCGUGGAGAGGACGGCCUCCGUGGCCGCGUUUGAAGCACAGGAGCUCGGACAUCGGGUCCAUGCUCUCGAAAGGGGGCGCUCCCAGUCAACCAGCGGUCCCGUGCCUAGCCUGCCCAGGGCUCCAAGUCCAAGAGGCCAAGCCGCCCAAACCGCCCAAGCCGCCCAAGGUGCCCAAGGUGCCCAAGGUGCCCAAGGUGCCCAAGGUGCCCAAGUCAGGUGCAGGUCAACGGACUCCAAAGAAGAGCCCAAAGAGGCAAAGUCUCCGAGGACGCGAGCGGGCAGCCCUCGCCCCGUCCACUGGCCGUGGAAGCCUUAGCUCUGCGCGAAAGAAGGACAGCUCAACUGAAGUUUGUCGCCUGGGGAUUCUCCGAAGUUUUGGGCUGGGUUCCGACGCACGGUGCUUAUGAUUUUUAGGAGGGAUGAUUAGGCAUGUGCAUAUGUGGCUGUGAUACAUCCACG